AUGAAGUUCUCGUCGCUAUCACUGAACGGGAGCGAUGGAUGGCAAGUGCUAGCAAACACCACGGAGCCCGUGGAAAGCCUCGGCAUGCCCGAGAGGGACGAAGGGCUGGCCAGAGCCGAGAUUGCUGUGCUGGGGACCAUCUUCGUGGCGGCCACGGUGGGGAACACGGUGCUCAUCAGUGUCCUGUGGAAUAGGAGGAAGAGGAUGUCCCGCAUGUCUGUCUUCGUGAUGCACCUGAGCAUCGCCGAUCUGGUGGUGGCCCUCUUCCAGGUCCUCCCGCAGCUCAUCUGGGACAUCACGGAGAUAUUUAUGGGUCCGGACGUGCUGUGUAGGAUGGUGACUUAUCUACAGCUGGUGGGAAUGUUCGCCUCCACGUACAUGGUGGUGGCCAUGACCGUGGACAGGUUCCAGGCGGUCUGUUACCCCAUGGUGACCUUCCGCAAGAAGAAGGCGUAUUGGAACACGGCCAUCUGCACCAGCUGGGUCUUGUCGCUCAUCCUGAGUGUCCCUCAGGUCUUCAUAUUCUCCAAUAAAGAGUUCCUCCCCGGCAAGGUGCAGUGCUGGGCGGAGUUUAUCCAACCCUGGGGGCUCAAGGCUUACGUCACCUGGAUCUUCACCGUCAUUUUCUUCAUCCCCACCGUCGUCCUGACCACAUGCCAGGUCAAAAUCUGCAGGGUCAUCCGACUGAACAUUUACGCCAAGACUCACCAGCAGCACCCCGAGAUGACCACGAGCCAGACUGUGCACUCGAGGGCCAGCAACAUCAACUGCAUCUCGAAAGCAAUGAACAAGACGGUGAAAAUGGCAGUGGUCACGGUGCUUGCCUAUGUGUUGUGCUGGACACCUUACUUUGCAGUGCAGCUGUGGACUGCUUGGUAUCCCAGCGACAUCAGCCAGGGCGCCGUUUUCACCAUUAUCAUGCUUCUGGGGAAUUUGAACAGUUGCACCAAUCCCUGGAUAUACAUGUACUUCUGCGGACAAAUCCCAUGCUGCACCAAACGCGAACCAAGGAGUUCAGUGCAAAAGGAAUCCGCCACCAUGGCCAGCGUUAACCUGGGAGACAAGGAGGUUGGAUAUGCCUUUACGGCGGUUUAAGAUGGCAGAACGGCGGAUUACAGCAAUUUGGCAACGCGGAAUUAAGAACCAUUGAAAUCCAAAACUUUAAUUCAGUAAUGUCGUUUCCCCCCACUAAAUCGUCCCUUCUUUCAGAAUCUAUUCAAGCAUUUCUUUUAAAUAUAGGCUACAAUUAUCUGUAUUUAUAAGAUUAUCUGCAUGAGUUUGUUGAUCUGAAGAAGGGU